CAAGAGCCUGUAUGCACUUUUAAUUUACUGCCACGAUGAGAACCAGCACGUGGCAGAGGUGAGGUUCUGUGUGAUGCUGCAGGAUGUCUGCGAGGGGGCUCUGCCGUCUCCUGCCCUGGCGCCUGACGAGCUGCAGCCUCCUCCAGGCCUUGGCACAGGGAUGUGGGUCCUGUGCCCUGGGCUGUGGGGCCAUCUCUGGGUCUCUGCUGCUCUCCAGGCCUCUUGGGAAACGCUGCUUUGCGUGGCUAAGUUCCUGAAGAGGAGGGACCUCGAACAGCUGCUGAAGAAGCAGCAGCCACUGAAGAUCGAUGAGGGCCUGGUAAGGACAGCCGGGAAUGCCCAGGCUCAGCCUGGAGAAGGCCCUGAGCGCGGUGCUCAGCGUGCGGGGCUGGCAGCUGUGCCGCUGCCCGCUGCUGCACCCAGAGGCCGCGCGGGCUCUUCUCCAGGCUCCUGCGGGCCCGAGCCGGGUGCCCACGGAGCCCCGGCCCGGCGGCGCUGCGGGGCGGCCCCGCGGCUCCCCGGGCAGCAGCCGGCGCUCUGCCCCCUCCGGAGCCCGGCGCCAGCGGCUGCUGGCCGCGCCUCAGGGCUGCGCGGGCAGGGGAGGCCGGGGCUGCGCGCAGCGAGCGCCCGGCCCGGGGGCUGAGCCCGCGCCAAGCCUCCCCUGCUGCCGCUCUCUGCAGCUGGCAGAGGACAGGAGCCGAGCGGCCGAGCACCUGCGCCGGGCCCUGCGCUACCUGCAGAGCCCACGGGAGCCCUUGCGAGAGGCGACCAUCCAGUUCAUGGGGAUCGCCGGGCGGUACCUGAGGUGCAAGAGGGAAGAGCCCCAGGACCACAGUCAAGCCCUUCAAGCCCAGAGGCAAGAUGCCAGCCCAUCAUGCUCCAACCUGGAAAGUCAAGCUGCCUUUCCCCCAGGAGCUAAAGAAUUAGGGACAUCUUCUGGAUCCAGUGAACCAGUGUCCCAAGAACACAGCAGGAGACACUGAAGAGGACCCCAUCUCCCAGCGCUGCUGGUGCUCCAGGCACAGCUGACGCUGGGCACAAUUCUCAUGGCUUCAGCCCUCUCCUUGCCUGUCCUGUAGAUAGCUCCCUCCCUCCAGCCCUCAUACACUGCCCAUCCCAUUUUUUCCUCUUCACUAUUCCUCCCUUUUGAUAGAUAGCUCUGACUUACCAGAACCCAGACUGUUCAUCACCUUUUUUUCCCUCCAUGCUCCCCUCCUCCAGUCCUCAUACACUGCCCAUCCCCUUUUUUAUCUCUUCACCAUUCCUCCCUUUUGAUAGCUCUGCCCCACCAGCCCUCAGCCUGUCCAUCACCUUUUUUUCCCUCCACACUCCCCUCCAUCCAGCCCUCAGAUCCUGCCCAUCCCCUUUUUUCCCUCCCAGAUCAUCCCUGUGCUUUGCCUUCCAUUAAUAAA